GCGCGCCCGCUCCAGCUGUUUGACGUGGCAGAGCUCGCUCCCCUCCUACCUGUGCUGCCGGCUCCGCUACAAGUUCCCCACAACAAGAACCGCGCAGCAAGCGGGGACCUCACUGCCGGGACAGAGGACACAAGACAUUUUGCAGCUGCUAAUGAAAGAAUGAGCCAGCAAGGAUAUGUGGCCUCUCCUCCAUACUCUCAGCCUCAGCCCGGACUGGGAGGUUUUCCACCAGGCUACGGGACCCCUAUGAUGUCUCCGACCUAUGGCCAUUCUGGUGCAACAAACAUUACAUCUCUUCCACCGCAGUCAGCUGGGCUGAAACCUGGUGCACAAGUUGGAUCUCCUGUUACCUUGAGUUCCCCACCUCCUAUUCAGCAUAACUUAUACAAUGGACCAAAUACCCCUGGAAACCUCGUCCACAGGCACCCAGGACCUCCAGUUACCAGUAAUGCCUCUCCUUCAUACCCUUCCAUUGGUCAGUCUUCAACACAUUUCAACAGUGCUCCUCCAGCACCAGUUCAGCAGAUGACCAACCAGUUUACCAACAUGCAGCUAGGGGGAUACGGUCCUCCUGGAUCCAGUAACCCUCAGGUGCCUCCUAGCCCAAAUAUACCUGACAGUUUUCCACCUCAGACCCAUUAUAUGACACCAGGCCUCCAUACACCUCCAGGAGCAACUAGCAGUUUUAAUGGGUUAAAUUCGGAGUCUCUCUUACCUCAUGCCAAUAUGCAAGAUGGAAUGAAUGCACAUCCUCCUUUCCAAUCACAGAUGCCAGGACAGCCCCCAAAUUUUGGAUAUCCUCCUCAAAACCAAAACAACUAUGGUGCUCAGUUACCAGGACCACCAAUGCCAUAUCCUGGUGCAUUUCCUGGAAGCCAACAACAAAUAUCUGGACCACCGCAAAAGAAGCUUGACCCGGAUUCUAUCCCAAGCCCAAUCCAAGUGAUUGACAAUGAUAAGGUCAGCAGAGGUGGACAAGUCUAUACCACUAACAUAAGAGGACAGGUCCCUCCACUUGUCACCACAGACUUUACCGUACAGGAUCAAGGGAAUGCCAGCCCACGUUACAUUAGAUGUACAACAUAUUGCUUCCCUACCUCCUCCGACAUGGCUAAACAGUCUCAAAUUCCACUUGCCGCUGUCAUCAAGCCUUUGGCUGUGGUUCCUUCAAAUGAGACUCCUCUCUAUCUUGUGAACCACGGGGAAGCUGGGCCCAUUCGUUGUAACCGCUGUAAAGCGUACAUGUGCCCCUUCAUGCUUUUUAUUGAGGGGGGAAGACGAUACCAGUGUGGAUUUUGCAAUUGCGUCAAUGAAGUCCCUCCAUUUUACUUUCAACAUCUGGACCACAUUGGCAGAAGAGUGGACCAUUAUGAAAGGCCAGAAUUAUCUCUGGGAUCUUAUGAAUAUGUUGCUACACUGGAUUACUGCAGAAAAAACAAACCUCCCAAUCCACCUGCCUAUAUAUUCAUGAUAGACGUGUCCUACAGCAACAUUAAAAAUGGUGUCGUUCGCCUGAUCUGUGAGGAGCUCAAGACUCUACUGGAUAGACUGCCAAGAGAAGAGAAUGCUGAGUCCUCCGCUAUCCGUGUGGGAUUUGUCACUUACAAUAAGUUUCUGCAUUUCUACAAUGUGAACAGCAACCUGGCCCAGCCACAAAUGAUGGUGGUGACGGACGUGGCUGAAGUCUUUCUGCCUCUGCUGGAUGGUUUUCUUGUCAACUUUAAUGAAUCCAGAACAGUCAUUAACAAUCUGCUGGGUCAGAUUCCAGAUAUAUUUGCAGAUACCAAUGAAAGUGAACCUGUGUUUGCCCCUGUUAUCCAGGCUGGCAUGGAGGCACUAAAGGCUGCAGAAUGUGCUGGGAAGCUCUUCAUCUUCCAUUCAUCCCUUCCAACUGCAGAAGCCCCAGGAAAACUGAAGAACAGAGAUGACAGAAGGCUGAUCAACACUGAAAAAGAAAAGACUCUCUUCCUGCCCCAGUCUAAUGUCUAUGAAAGCCUUGCCAAGGAUUGUGUGGCACAUGGAUGUUGCGUUGACCUUUUCCUUUUCCCUAACCAGUAUAUUGAUGUGGCAUCCAUGGGUCUGGUUACAAUGCUAACUGGAGGAACACUUUACAAGUAUAAUCAAUUCCAGGUUCAUACUGAUGGACAGCAGUUUAUAAAUGAUCUCAGGAAGGAUGUUGAAAAGCGAAUAGGAUUUGAUGCUGUCAUGAGAGUCCGCACAAGUACAGGUUUCAGAGCCACAGAUUUCUUUGGUGCUAUAUUUAUGAACAACACGACAGAUGUAGAGAUGGCAGCUGUGGACUCAGACAAAGCAGUGACUGUGGAAUUUAAACAUGAUGACAAACUCGGCGAAGAUGUUGGAGCAUUAGUUCAGUGUGCGCUGCUAUACACAACCAUUGGGGGCCACAGACGCCUGCUUGUACAUAACAUCAGUCUGAGCUGCAGUUCCCAACUUGCAGAUAUAUACAAGAGCUGUGAAACUGAUGCCCUCAUAAACUUCUUUGCUAAAUCAGCUUACAAAGCAAUCCUGCAUCAUCCCUUGAAGACAGUCCGUGAUGUGUUGGUGAGCCAGACAGCCCACAUGUUAGCCUGUUAUAGGAAGAAUUGUGCCAGCCCCUCAGCUGUCAGCCAGCUCAUCCUUCCUGACUCCAUGAAAGUGCUGCCAGUCUACAUGAAUUGCUUGCUGAAGAACGAGGUGUUGGUCGCCAGCCCAGAGAUUGCAACUGAUGAGAGGACAUUUCAGAGACAGCUGCUCAUGUCCAUGGAUGUGGCCAGCUCCCAGCUCUUUUACUACCCACUUCUUUUACCUUUAAACACAAUGGACACCAAGAGUGACAUCAUUCCCCCAGCCGUGCGUUGCUCAGAGGAACGAUUGUCUGAUGGAGGAAUAUUCCUGUUGGCUAAUGGUCUUAGCAUGUUCCUGUGGCUGGGCGCCAAUUGUCCUCCUGAAUUCAUCCAAGGAGUUUUCAGUGUUCCAUCUUUUGCGCACAUCAGCCCAGAAGCUACAUCAGUUCCUGAACUGGACAGCCCUCAUUCCAAGAAACUAAGGACAAUUAUGGAAGCCAUUCAGAGCAAAAGUUCCUACUCAAUGAAGCUUGUCUUAGUGAAGCAGAAAGAAAAGGCAGAGAUGGCUUUCAGGCAGUUAUUGGUUGAAGACAAAGGCCUACUAGGAGGAAACUCAUACAUGGAUUUUCUCUGCUGUGUUCACAAGGAGAUCCGUCAACUUCUUACUUAAGCCACAUGGGAAAUAUGAAACGAACACGUCAACUGACACACUGCCUCCUGCUUAUUAGUUGCUGGGUGGUGUGUUCUGCAAGACCUCUUGUGAGCAGGUUCACAGCAUCCAAGGGCUCACUUUAUAGCACUGGUUUGUGCCCACAUUUAGAGAAAAAUUAUUUCUCUAUAAAAAAAUAAAAAACUUGCUUGACUUAUUUAAAGGGAUAUACACAUAUGUUGUAAAGAAAGAAAGAAAUGAACGGUACUUAUUUAUGUCUGAAACAAAAUAAAUUGUCCAAUGUAAAGCACAUGUUUUUAAGACCCAGGAA